AAGGUGCCACAGGACUCUUUGCUGCUUUUACAGAUCCAGACUAACACGGCUACCCCUCUGAUACUAGCCCAAUAUUGUGAUUUUUCCAAUAAAGAGGGGAGACUAAAGUGGGGAUGGAACAACUCAGUAAUGGGGUGCAGGCUGGGCUGGUUUCACCAAAUGACACUGUCCAUCCAGCUCAGACUGUCAUUAGAGCUGCCUGCCUGGCCAGCAGGGAGAGGGGAGCAGUGCUGACAGUGCUGCGGUUAGGAGACAUGGCCCAGCAGCAGGCCCAGGGGAGACAUGGCAAGGGCUGAGCCCAGGAUCUGCCACUGGGUGCGUGAGAUGGCGUGUUGGGGGCCCUGCCCCAGUGCUGGGGAUUGGAGUGGAAAGAUGGAUUCCAGACUAACCUCCACUCUUUGCCAGGGCAGGGCCCCCUCAUGCACCUGGUUGUGUGCCAAGUGCAGAUCCUAGUCUCAGCUCCUGCAGAUUUCCCCUAGGUCUGCCAGGGGCUGCUGUAAGUUGAGACAGCCCAGGGCUCCUAACCACUAUGUGUUAUCAGUGCCGUCCCCCUCUCCCCACCAGCCAGGCAGGGAGCAGCAGCUGCAGCCUAGACCGAAAUGGGCUUGGACAGCUGAUGCCAUGUGGUGAAACAGCUGCACCGGUCCACCAUCCUACCGUGCUCCCCAGGGUAGGACUGACCUGUUGCCUACCCCCAUGAGUAUCUGUGGCUUCAGGCAGGAGGUGGAAGCCAGGAUGCCUGCUUCCACCGCCCCAUGGGAAAAAUUGCAGCAGUUUGGGGCAGGGAAAGGGGAGACUUGGCGGUUGUGCCUGUCCUGUGAAAUUCAAACACUGAGCUGUGACAAACAACCUGCAAUUUAUGCAGGGCCUUAAAUUACAGUGACCAGGCCUUCAUUCCUCCUUUCUUUUUCUCUUCUCUCAUCCUCCUUUCCUGCAAGCAGCCUCUGCAAUGAGGAGACUGAAGGUGCUGGCCGGUGGUUGGCUUUCAGAGCCCUGGGAUUGUGAAGGGAAGAGGUAGGGGCUGGCUCUGGAUAGCUGGGGACAGUAGGUUUUUAAGUAUCUCAUUGCUACAGGGAAGGGGUGGGUCCUGUCAUUUCAUUGCAGGGCAGAGAAGUGGGCAGAAGACAGGACCUCUGAUUGGUGGAAAGCGGGGAUCAGGGACACACAUAGCAACUGCUCUGUUCCUUUGAAGCUCUUAGGAAAGAUUCCUAGCUCAGUGUCUUUGAGACUCAACAGGAGCUGUCCCAGGAUCAAGGGGGAUUAGCCUCAGCUACAGUACCAAGGAAUGGCCGUGGGGUGUUGCUCCCUCCUGAAUGCUGAAGGGCUGGGCGCUAAGCAAGGUGAAGGCUCCACUGGGUUUGCUACCCGAUGGCUGGCCAAUCCCUCCACCACUUGCUCUCAGCCAAGCACCCUGUGGCUGCAUCUCCUCGCCCCUUGCUUUCUGUCUGCCUAAUGCAAUCGCCUCUUGCUUCAGCCGCAGCCCCACUGGCUUCUCUCCUUGCCUCUGUUGCCUCACAGUAAUAUUGGGACAUGGUUCAGGAGGCGCUUGGGUAGUCUGGGCACCUGUGCCUGUGUAGUUCCCUCUGCGUGGCUCAGGGCCCAUCCAGGCCAGAUGUGCUGCCAUCAGGCAGCAGGGCUGGAAAUACCUACAGUCCUCGUCUGGGAUGUUGGCCCGCUUUGUGAGUGCCUGUAAAGUGCUUUGAGAUCCCCCUGCAGCCUGGGCCUCUGCUCCCUCCUGCUGGAAGCUGUCCUGUUUCUCCAGCUGGUUGCUAUGCACCAGUUGCUAGGAUACUGGCUGUGACUGGACAGGCCUGCACAUUUCUCCAGCGAGCUCCUAACCUUGCCCAGCGCCUGCCAGGACCUUGCCAGAGCCUUGCCUGGGGCAGCCGCUGGGCAGCCUGGCCCCCGGAGAUCCAGCCCUCCCUCCACCAUGGGGCGCCUCCCUCUGGGCGGUGUCUCACCCUAUGUGAGGACCAGCGCUGGUGGGAGCGUGGACCCUCUGAAGUUCUAUGCCACCAGCUACGGCACGGCUUACGGGCAGGAGAGAUUCCAUCCUCGCGUUGGCCACCACUCAGGAGCUGGGUACAAAUCCAAUUACCGGCCUGUCGUCUUUUACAAGGCCAGCCUGGAUCAAGUGGAUAAUCCAGCCGUGGGACAUCUCCUUCAAGAUAACUAUGAUACAGUGACCACCAAGCACUUCCGGCCCCUCCAGCUUCCCGAUGGCAAGUACCCUCUGCCCUGGAGUGUCUACCAGCCAGGGAGUGGGUUUGUUCGAGACAAGCCCAUUUCCUUCCCCACCACCAAAGCCGUUAAGAAAGUCCACUUCGAUACACGGGACCAGGGGCCGCGAGCCAUCACAGGGCUGGAGCCCAGACAACUCCCCGUCCUGCACAAGCCACAGGGGAAAGGCUCCGUUGAGGGGGAGAACGCCAGACAUGGCCCUCUGUACAUGUCCACAGAGUACAACUCCAAGUUCCGCUUCGACAUUCCUGGCCAGCCAGAUUUCUUACAGAGGAAGACGAUAGGAGCCAAGGAGGAGACGGGAUUCACUGAGGGCACCCAGUGGAACCCCAUUACAAUCCUGCCAUCUCCUCCGGGAGAGCCAAGGAGCCAACCUGGCAUCAGCAUCACCAAGACGGACUUCCUGCCCAGCGCUCUCCUCCAUGGCGAUGAGUUCCUGCCCGUUCUGUCGAAGGGCUCUGCGCAAGAGACGGGAUUCAGCCGGGACAAACACAACGGCCUCAGUGCCAUGGGCCUGCUGCAUGCAGCACCCCAGCCUGGGGUCGAGGGGUCAGGGCCCCUGAGCCACACUCAGUUCCGAGGGCUCCAGAGGCCCCUGCAGACCCAGACCAAUCUGCUGGGCCGGGAGUACGUGGGGAACAAGGAACUCUCCGGAUUCAGCAUCAACAACAAGAAAUAUGUGACAUCCCCCUACGACCCAGACUUGCCCAACAAGUACCUGAGCAGCUACAACUCCAAAUUUUAUGACAACACCCUCAAGGGCGUGGACCGUGAAGGAUGGACCCAUGGAGGAAUCCAGCCCCAACAGCCGGGUGGCUUCGCCACUAACAACCACGUCACUGGACUGGGCAGUGACCCCAAUGCCACGGAGACCCUGAGACGGGUCCACCCCCAUGUUGGCAGGACGAUCACAAUGGUGGACCCGUUCUAUCGCGACACUCCUCAUGACAACCGCUUCUUUGCUCUCUACCAAACCGCCGUACCUGAGUAGGUCUGUGCCUCCACCCCGCAGGAGCUGGUCUCCUCUGGCGAGGCAGGGAUUCCAGGGCUGGUCUCCCCCAGUGAGGCAGAGGCUUCAGCAUCUCCCAAAGGACUUUACUUUUCCAAGGAUAUAAAGAGAAGUCAUCACCCAGUGCAGGCUCAUUGGUUCUCAGUGGCCUAGUUGCCAGCCCCCUUCCCCUUAGAUCUCAUAGACCUCUCCUGCUCUUCCCCAUGGCCCCCAUAAACUUCUCCUUCUCCUCUUCCCCAGGGAUACCAGCGCGCCUUUCCACUCCCAUCCCCUGCUGUUCUCACAGGGGAGCCCUCUGCUGUGACAGCUGACCCCAGCUCUCACUCCACGCAUGGUGGCACCCAUGUGCUGCUAUGGGAGUCCGCAGUUCCAUUCUCCUGGCAUUUGGGCCCCAUCCCUCACAGUGCUGAGCAGUGGGAGAGGAGGGUGCCUGGCACCACACAGGAUCAAGCCCUUUGACUCAAGACGGGAAGCUGGGCCCUGUGUGUGCAGCAGUGAAUGGAGUUAACCAUUAGACAUGUGCUGCAGCCACCUGGGCUACCCCAGCUCACCACAGGGUCUCUGCAGGGCCUGGCACCGUCCCUGCAGGGCCCUGGGGCUGUUAUCAGGAGGCCUAGGGCUGUUCUCGUGGGGCCUGGGGGACUUGUAGCUUUCACUGGCACCAGGGUUGCCUUGAUUUGGCCAUUAAAUCAUCGCCAUCAAUGGAACAAGGCUCAUUUACAGCAGUGGAGGAGCUGGUGAUUUGUUCUUCAAAUAUAGCCCUGUUGCUAGGGCCACCCAAGACCCAGUGGAGGCUGCUGAGCUCUGGAGACGGGGGACUGAACCUGCCCUGCAGAGGCACGUUUGGAUCCAGUAAGGCUAAGUCACGCUGUAAUGUCCCCCUGCCUGCUCGGCAGAGUCUUCACUCAACGGCUGCUCUCCAGACUUAAAUCCAGGGCCCUGCACUGACUCCAGCUGAGUAACUCUGGGUUGCUUGGCAGGAUCCCCCUCUGCCUGGCUGUUUCUCUUUUCCAGCUCAAUUGCAGUGCUGCUGCUGAUGGUGGAGGCAGCUGUGUGGUGACGCUGCCUGGCUCAGGUGCCCCAGCAUGGCGAUAAUGCCAUCCCGCUCAUGCACGUGUGUUAGGAACCGACUGGUGAGCUUUUCCUUGUACCCUGAAAGGAGCAGCAUUUGGCCCAGCGGCACUGUGGCCGUACCCAGAUGGGAGAGGGGUAAUAGCAGAGCGAUGGGCUGGAAUUGUCUCUUCAACUGCCAGCUGGUAACUGUUAAUAGACAGUCUGACACACCACUGCGUUUCCUCCUGGUCCUGUCACAUGGUGCAUCUACACACGCAUUUAAUGAAUCUCUUCCUACUGCUCCACUCCCCAUCCCAAACAGCUGGUAGCUCGAUUCCCACACCCUCAGCAUGUUCCACAUUCAUCAGCACCGCAUGGGGUGAUGUACAGGUAAUAGGAUCUUUUCCCGUGCCCCAUAACCUACUGUACGGUGUAGUGCACACACACACACAGAGUAGUCUCCACACUCCCAGCAUGGUGUGAUGGCACACACAGAAAGCAGAGUCUACAGACACUCAGCAUGCUGUGACAUAUAUAUAUAUAUACUCGCACUACAUUCCCUGCAUCAUGUGAUGCACUCACGUACCAAAGGAUCUCCACAUUCCCAGCAUGGUGCGGUGUACAUGUGCCCACACAGUCGGAGCUCCACAUUUCCAACAUUAUGUGAUAAACGCAAAGACAGAGUAGGGUUUCCAGCCUCCCAGCAUGGUGUAAUGUUAUACAGAUACACAGUGGGGGUCUCUAUUCCCGGUAUGGUGCUAUGCUCGCACACACACAGGUAGGGUCUCCACACUCCCAGCAUGGUGUGAUGCCUGCACAUGCAAUAGGGUCUUGAGGCUCCCAGCUUGGCAUGAUGCACACAUGCACAGUGGGAUCUCCCUGCGUGGGGUGAUACAAGGCGUAGGUCUUUUUCCCUGCUUGGCUGCAAUGCACACCCUCUGCACUCCUGCCCUUGGUCUCAGUUUCCGCCCCAAACCAUGAUAUCUCCCUCUUUCCAGCUCUCAUGUUUCUCUCUGGAGGGUAGUUUCAUUUCCUAGUGCAUGUUCCAUGAGCUCGUGGGGGGCCUCUGACUUUGACAGCAACGAGCACAAUCAGUGAUACCAAACAAGCUGGCUUCAUGUUGCAGGUAACACUACCAGGCUGCAGCUCUGUUUUCCAGCACACUUGAGCCUGCUGACACCUGAUUCCCCCCGCACACUCUGCAGGGGAAAAGCUGGCUGGGGGCUGUAGCUUUGCCCAGCAAUCCUGCUACAUCUCACAGCUUCUCUGGCUACAGCUCACUCGGAGCCUUGAAUUAACACAUGUGACACUAGAUAUUAAAGGAGACUGCAAGUGGGAGGUGAAUUCUGAGUGACUGUGUGUGUAUGUGUGUCAUGGCCUGCAUCAUGUUGGUAGUGUGUGCAGUAGUAUUUAGAGAUGGGUAAAUACUAUUGGUUCCAUCAGCCAUAGCCCCUCCUGCACACCUGGGCUAGAUUCUCCCCCAUAACUGCAUCUAGUUUCUAUGUCCCAAGUGGCCAGCUUUCCACAAUCUGAUGGAUCUCACAGCUGGGAACAUUUUCCUGGUAGGCAGCCUAAUUUUUCCCUCAUCCCAUUACUUCUACUUCCCCUCCCUCCUUCCGCCCACAUCCCCACCCCCAAGAAUUCCUCCAUCAGCUUGACAUGCUGCAGGGACUGCAGGACUGCCAUAUUCUCCACUGCCGCCUGGCUUAACCAGGCAGGAUGGAGUUCACUCCUUUAAUCUCUCCUCAUAAACCAGCCCUUCCAACCCAGCUGGUUCUUUUUGUUAUGCUUCUCUGACCUCCCUUAAGCCUCUGUGGUGAUGUGGGAGCCCAACCUGAGUACAGCUGGUCUGUCAGCAGAGCCAGAUAGCUGGAUCUCCCUGCCCUUAUGAGGAUCAUGAUAAUAGGUCAGAAGCAUUAUCCCUAUUUUACAGAUGGGAAAAAUGAGGCAUCCAGCAGGCCAGAGCUGGGAAUAGAACUGAGGUCUCCUGAGUUCUAGUUCAGUGCCCUGUCCACUACCUUUGUCUGUAUAGCACAGAAUCACACUGGUUUUUAUUUUUUUAUUUUUGCUGUCCUAUCACAUCUAAUGUCCUGUCCCUUAUAACUCAGAUCUCUGCCUUAGCCUACUGCCUGCUGGAUUUCUCGUUCCUAUUGUGCAUCUAUCUAUGGGAUUAUAUUUCUCCAGCUGGAUUAGCUGCACUUUCCCAAAAUGGGUCUCCCUGUGCUGCUUGCAUUUGUGUUUGAGUGCAUAGCAGUUCUGGAUCUGAUUCUGUGUGUGUGUGUGUGUGUCUGCCUGCCUGCCUGCGUGAAUCCCAUGCUGGUGUGCAUGUUUGUGUGUAUGCCUGUACACGGCAGGUGAUUCCAGAGAAUGAUGAUGCUCUAGGUAAUUGACCAUUGUUUCAUGGCUGUUCAGAGCACCAGCAAUGCCCUAGCACAGGGGAGGGCAAACUCUGGCCCGUGGGUCGGAUCCAGUCAGUCAGGGCUUUCAGUCUGGCCCACGGGAUUGUCAGCCUCGUGGUGCAGCAGGGUUAAGGCAGGCUCCCUGCCUACCCUGGCCCUGCGCCACUCCUGGAAGCAGCCAGCACCACA